AUGGUCAGUCCCCCAAACCUCACGCACCAUGUAAAACGCGAAGCUCACUUUAAAGCCCGCUUAGACUCCACUGCCCGCCUGAUCUACCGCAGAGACGACGUCGAAGCACGUCAAUUCGGCGACUUCCUUGGAGGCCUCUUCGGCGGAGGCGGUGGUGGUGGUGGAGGCGGAGGUGGAGGAGGCAUCCUCAACACCAUCGGAGGCCUGUUCGGUGGGGGCCGAAACAGCGACAAUGGAGGCGGACGUAUCCUCGAUGCCGUUGGAGGCCUCAUUAACGGAGGUAAUAACAACGGCGAAGGUAGCGGGGCUGGUCGAAUCCUCGAUGCCGUUGGCGGAAUCAUCAAUGGCGGAGGUAACAACAACAAUGCUGAGGGUGGAGGCGGAACAGCAGGUCGUAUCCUCAAUGCUGUGGGUGGGAUCAUCAACAGUGGAGGAAACAACGGCAAUAACGGUGAGGGUGGAGGCGGAACUGCAGGUCGUAUCCUAGAUGCCGUCGGAGGUAUCAUCAACAGUGGAGGCAACACCAACAACAACGGUGAGGAUGGAGGAGCAGGUCGAAUCCUCGACGCCGUGGGCGGGAUCAUCAACGGCGGAGGGAACAACAACAAUAAUGGCGAGGGUGGAGGAGCAGGCCGAAUCCUCGACGCCGUUGGAGGUAUCAUCAACGGAGGCAACAGCAACAACGGGGGCCAGGGAAAUAACGGGGGCGGCUUUCUGAGAACCAUCGGUGGUCUCUUCGGACUAGGCCGCGGGAGUAACAACAACGCUCCUGCCCCUGCUGCACCUGCACCAGUCCCUGCACCCGCACCACCAGCCCCUGCUCCAGAGGUUCCUGCUCCUGCUCCAGCACCCCCUGCGCCGGAGGCACCUGCAGCCCCAGCACCGGGCCCUGAAGCUCCCCCAGCCACCCAACCCGGCGCCCAAUGCUCCACCUCCCUCCCCUCCAUCAACACCGCAACCGUCAACCUCAUCCAAGAAUUCGAAGGCUUCGUCGCAAGCCCCGAACCAGACCCAAUCGGCCUCCCAACUGUCGGCUUCGGCCACCUCUGCAGACAACCCAACUGCGCCGAAGUAACCGCCCAAGGCCUCUCCUUCCCACUCUCCCGCGCCCAGGCCGAACAGCUCCUGCAAUCAGACGUGCAGACGUUCACCAACUGCCUCGCCAGGUUCAUCGACGACUCGGUCGUGCUGAAUGAGAACCAGUUUGGUGCGCUCACUUCGUGGGCGUUUAAUGUUGGAUGUGGGAACGUGCAGAGGUCGACUUUGAGGAGGAGGUUGAAUGCGGGUCAGGACCCUAAUACUGUUGCUGCGCAGGAGUUGCCUAGGUUUAACCGUGCUGGUGGACGAGUUCUCAAUGGGUUGACGAGGCGGCGCAACGCUGAAGUUGCCCUGUUCCAGACUCCAUCCAACACAGUCGCACUCCCUGUCUGCAAUUGA